AAUGUCAGAAAAAUUUCUUAACUCACGUCACUUUCUGCUAUUAACUAGGUGACUGUUUAAUGAGAUUUCAAAAUCACUACAUCCUUAAAAGUUCUAUUGAUUAGUGGAAACUGACUCUACAUGCUGCUUUCGACCAAAUUAAAGAUUAUUUGAGUCCAUUAUUGCUACAUCAGUAGAGUGCAUCUGAAAAAAACAUCGAUGGAUAAGGCGUUAAAAUGGAAGUUAGUGGAGGAUCCCACUGGACCUCAUCCUCGUCCACGACAUGGUCAUCGUGCGGUGAUCAUCAAGGAAUUAAUGGUUGUUUUUGGCGGCGGAAAUGAAGGAAUGUGUGAUCAUAUUUUUGUUUUUAAUACAGCAACAAAUCAGUGGUUUGUUCCAAUUACUAAAGGUGAUGUACCUCCAAGAUGUGCUGCAUUUGGUUUCGUGGCAGAUGGAACAAGGUUAUUAGUUUUUGGUGGAGUGGAAGAAUACGGCAAAUACAGUAAUGAACUUUUUGAGUUACAGGUCACUAAAUGGGAAUGGAAGAGGCUAAAACCAAAAGGAACAAAAAUUGGCCAUGUACCUUGCCCUAGAUUAGGGCAUAGUUUUACUCUAGUAAAUUCAAAAGUGUACCUAUUUGGUGGUUUAACAAAUUAUAGAACAGAUCCCAACAAACUCGUUCCAAGACAUUUGAAUGAUCUUUACAUAUUAGAUAUUAGAAGUAAUCCUAUGCAAUGGGAUUUUCCCCAGACGAAUUGGGCAGGUCCUACACCAAGAGAAUCUCACACUGGUGUAGGAUAUGUUGAUAAAAACCAGGAUUCCUUUUUAAUUAUAUAUGGAGGUAUGAACGGGCGUAGAUUAGGAGACUUGUGGUUUCUGCAAACAGAAACAAUGACUUGGAUGCAACCACAGGUCUUUGGUCUUGCACCUCUACCUAGAUCUCUUCACACCUCUACACUAAUUGGUCAUAGAAUGUUUGUUUUUGGAGGAUGGGUUCCUGCCGUUCCGUCAAAAGAUGAAAAUGCCCUCGAAAAAGCCUGGAAGUGUACAAGUACCUUAGCGUGUCUGAAUUUAGAAACCAUGAGCUGGGAUGAAUUGAAUAUCCCAAGAGAAUCUGAACUUGAUCUACCUUGUCCCAGAGCAGGCCAUUGUGCAGUGGGGAUUAGUACGCGGCUUUAUAUUUGGUCUGGUCGCGAUGGAUAUAAAAAAAUCGGUAAAAAUCAGGUAUGCUGCAAGGAUUUGUGGUAUAUAGAUGUGGAUAAACCUCCAGCUCCUAGUCGGGUAUCUUUAGUUAAAGCAGGAAUAAACAACCUUGAAGUUAACUGGACAGGAGCAAUAUCUGUACAUACUUACAUCUUACAGAUACAAAAGUGUGAGAUAUCCCCACUUUCUGAAUCAAAAAUCCCAGCCAGCUCCACAGCUUUGGUCUCAUCAUUUUUGACUUCAAAAACAACCGCUGUUUCCCUUCAACGUAAUAUUACUACAAAUGACAUGACGUCGGUGAACUUGCCAAAAGGGUGCAAUAUUGUUCAGACGAAGACACAUAUUUUACCUCAAAUGCGCAAACAUUCGAUUGUAAAGAUUUCACCCAUUUCGCUAGUCAAUAAAUCUCUACAGACUAUAAAAGUCAUUCCACACCAAAUAAACACAGCAACAGGCAAAUUAUUUCCUUUCAAAAUGACAAGAAAAAUUGCUACAAUUGGUAAUCAAGGUACUUCGAAAAUUGCCCAAACAAAUAAAUAUAUAGCUAAUUCUCUGUCAAUGGUAAAUGUUCAAUCACCUAGGACUGCUAAUCUGUCAAAAAGUACAAUACAAAAGUAUGAUUCCACCCAAUCUGUUGCAUUCACAACCCCAGCAACCACAAUACCGGUAGUCUCAUCAGUGACGACUUUGUCAAGGGCAAUUGCACCAGUUCAAACUCAAUCAUAUACGUUACCGUUAGAUUCGAUAACUAAAGAAGUUGAAGAGAGCUUAGACCCAAAAAUAACACCUGAAUCUGAAACAAAAUCUGAAGAUGAAGUAAUACCAGAAAAAAUAGAAAAAACUGAGGACAGUCUAGAAACUAAUGUAGCCACAAACUUUGCCAGCAAAUUAGAAACUGGAGAAAGGUCAGAUAUCAAAGAUAAAUUAGAAUCCGAAGUAAAAUUUGACAAUAACGAGCAAUCAUCUGGUACAACAUCCCUAGAAGAAAAUCAAAGAAAUUUGGACAUAGACGUAACUGCAAAACAAGAGAUGGAAAGUAAAAAGGAGUCUGAUACAGGAGAGAACAGUUUUGAUAAUACAGGGAAAAGUGAAACAGGUAGUUGUAUGGAAUCAGUAGUUGAUCCAAGUUAUCUCAAAGAUCAUAAUCAGAAUAUUAACAUUUUAAAACCAGAUGAUUUAACUUCUGAAUUUAAAAAAGCACCAGUUACCACUACUGAUGAUCCUUUAGCUACAUUAGCUUCUGUUGCUUUGGAUCAUUAUGAAGAGUUAAAAAGGUCUGAAAACCAUGCACAGGGUCCUGAACAGCCUUCUAAAGACAUUUGGUAUACUGUUCGCAUCAUUAGGGGUAAUAGUUGUGAUGUACGGAAUUAUUUUUUGUUAAAAGACCAAGAUGCUGACCUGACCUUGGACACUUUGCCUUAUACCGUACCUGAUCCUUCAGGCUUUAGUCUUGAACCCGGUACUGCCUACAAGUUCAGAGUCGCUGCUAUUAACUUCUUCGGUCGAAGCGAUUGGAGUGAGGUAUCAGAAUAUAAAACUUGUGUAUCGGGAGUCCCUGGUGCCCCUUCUGCAAUAAAAAUAAGCAAAUUAGUUGACGGCGCAAAUCUGUCUUGGGAACCCCCUAGUGCAAGCCAUGGUGAAAUAUUAGAAUAUUCGGUUUAUUUGGCUGUUAGAGCAAAGUAUAAGGUUAAUCCUAGUCCUGGUCAACUGGCCUUUGUACGAGUUUACUGUGGCCCGAACAGUAAGUGCAUGAUAAGUAAUGCAUCUUUGUCCACCGCUCACAUAGACAAAACAACUAAAACAGCAAUAAUAUUCCGUAUUGCUGCUAAAAAUGAAAAAGGUUACGGACAUGCCAAGGAGGUUAGAUGGUUGCAAGAUCCAUCGUCCAAAUCAAAGCGUCUGGCAGAAUCCCAACCGCUAGCAGUUAAGAAAGUAAAGUUUGGUAAGGAAGGAAUGUAAGAAUAUACCAUGUUUUGGGAAUGUAGGAACGUUAUAAGUGAUGUUAACUUAAAUGUUAAGUGUUCAAAUGUAUUAACAGUGGAAAAAGUGUUGUUUUAGUUAUGAUAGUAUAUUAAUAAAAUCCAGUUGGUUGA